AUUGUUAUUCCGUCUGCAGCUUUAACCGAGGGACAUCCUUCUACUGACCCCUCCUACCCAGCACGUCAGGCUGGGGGUGUGAAGGGGAAUUUAUAUGCAAAAUAACAAGGAAGGCUAAGACUGGGAGACAUACGUACCCUAUAGGUGGCUCUCGGAGGAAAUUCCCUGUGAGAGACCAGUGACGGCGGACGAUUGGGCCGCUACUCACCUUACGUGCAAAGAUGUCGUCAAAUCCCACAACCCCCACUCAGCCGUUACAGUCCCCAAAAUCCCCGGUGACCCCCUCAUAUCCUUUCCACAGAGAGGGCAGCCGGCUGUGGGAGAGGAACCACCUCCUAUUGGGGGAUUUGCCCAGCCCCCUCCCAACCAAGAGGACACGAACUUAUUCAGCCACUGCACGAGCCACUGCAGGUCCUUGCUACAAAGGGGUUUGCAAACAGUUCUGCCGCUCGCAGGGUCAUGGAUUUAUCACCCCUGAAAAUGGAUCAGAGGACAUUUUUGUGCACAUUUCUGACAUCGAGGGGGAGUAUGUACCAGUGGAGGGAGACGAGGUCACAUACAAAAUGUGUCCAAUACCACCCAAGAACCAGAAAUUCCAAGCCGUGGAUGUUGUCCUCACUCACCUGUCGCCUCACACAAAACACGAGACAUGGUCAGGACAAAUGAUCAGCUCCUAGGAAGCGCCCAAUAUGUUGGCAGGUGGUGGGGACCAAAGGAUGCACAAAACUGCCGUGCUGACCCAGCGUCUAUAGUUACCACAAUGGCACCAGAUCUUCUGGAGAGGUUGAGCCAGUUUCUGGUUGAGGUAUUUCUAAAGAUUGUUCUCGGUAUUAUGUCCCACCAGAGGAAGGAAGAGGAAGCUAUGGGCUGGUUCAAGCUGUCCGAAAGAUCUGGAGCUGUUUGCUAGCUGUGUCAUCAGUACGGCCACCAACAUCUUGUGAUCUGGCAUUGGGCAAGCAAAUUCUGCAGACAUAGGGCAUCCAGGCUGGGGGCAUGGCAGAUAGAAGCCGUUCUCCAUGGUUCCACAGGGGUCCUUUCUUUUUUUUUUUUUUGGUUUCAAUUCUGUCUUUUAGCAGAAAUGUCCAUGAAUUGGUGUUUUCUAAGAUUUUAGUUUAACUCAAUGACAGAUGCCAAGUUCUUUCUAUGGCUAUUUUUUAUACCCGUCAAUCCAAAAUGCAUAUAUGUGGCUUACUGAUAUAAAGUGGCAUUUUCUAUUGCCCAACUUACGUGGAUCUAUCAUUUGUUUUUAUUUUUUUUCAAGCAUUAUGGGUCAAAUAAAAUACUGUGAGCUUAUGAACUGUCCAUCUGAGCUUCUGCUGCUUUAUGUGCUAGAGAUUUCUCCCCAGAACUUUUUUCUUGGGAUUAGUUACAAAACGCAAUAAUAAAUAUAUAAACGUCACAAGAUUACACAAAUCCACUUACAGAACAGUCAUAUAUUGUUCUUGUGUUAGGCGUCUCUGAUAUUUAAAUAUAUUGAGCAGAAGAUUUGGUAUCAUAAAUAUCUAAAUACUCAGCCAGAUUUUAGAUGAAGAAACCGCUGGUAUAGGGGAGUUGCUGCGCACGAUUACAAUAUAGAAUUCACAUUUUAUAUAAAACUUUUGUGUUUUUAUUUCCUGCGCUGUGCUCUCACACGGUUUUCUCCGUGGAGCAGAGAGCGGCUUUGUAUUUGCAGACGCUUUGCAAUAUAAAUGUUAAUUCUACAUCAUGUUUUUGGAAAAGCUGUGACGUCGCCUUGUUGCAAAACCUAUGCAGAAAUGUAUUAAUCAUAGAAUUAACCUAAAGGCAAUUUAUAAAAUGUGCAGCCACUUCAGCUUAAGCUGGAAUUAAAAAGACAUAACCAAGUGAUAAUACGUUUAUGUGCUGAAGUCAGCUCCGGUGUUCUGUCUGCAUUACUAGCACAGAGCUAAGCACACUGCUGAUUGGUGGAUAUGCACAUAUGCCGCCUCUGUCACAGCUACUGAUUGGUGGAUAUUCACAUAUGCCCCUUGUCACAGCGGCUGAUUGGUGGAUAUUCACAUAUGCCCCCUCUGUCACAGCUACUGAUUGGUGGAUAUGCACAUAUGCCGCCUCUGUCACAGCUACUGAUUGGUGGAUAUUCACAUAUGCCGCCUCUGUCACAGCUACUGAUUGGUGGAUAUUCACAUAUGCCCCCUCUGUCGCAGCAGCUUAUUGGUGGAUAUUCACAUAUGCCCCCUCUGUUACAGCUGCUGAUUGGUGAAUAUGCACAUAUGCCACCUCUGUCUUAGAUCUGGGCUAGUAGCGCAUUGCCGGCGGCCUUUAGCUGACAUGUCAUUUUAGCAUUACAAUAUCUAAGUCAUUAGAGCACUACUGACCCUGCAAGUCUAUGUAUUUAACCCUUGCAAAGGAUUAAACAAACAGUUAAAGUGACAUAAAGCUGACCCCAAUGUACGCUGAUUCACUGACACCAAGUGACCAACUCAAAUUAGAUAAUAGGAGUAAAUUGGAAACUUAUUUAAAGUCACAUGCUCCAUCUGAAUCAUAAACAUAACAUGUUGGGUUUCAUAUCCCUUUAAUGUACACGGAGAACAGUUGGUGAUGAGCAGACAUGACAAGGAGCCAAUCAGCAGAGGCCGUCACAUGACCCGGCCAUGAGUUAUGUCACACUUACGCUACAAAGUAAUUUGUUUGCAUGCGUUAAACUCACUGAACAUUUUCCUAUUGCAGCAUUGCUGACCAAUAACACAUUUUACUGUUACCAUUGUAUUUCCCUUUAAGAUAAAGAGCAGAAUAAUUUCUAAUUGUUGUCUGAGUUCCGUUGUCAUAAGCCAGUGACUGUCUCAUCUAAAGAGACUUUUAGAUCUGUUUGUGGCUGGUGAAUUGGUAGAACAAGACAGUGUUUGGUGGAUACGUUGUGACUCAGAGACUAGAUUUCUAGGGUCCCCACUCCCCCCUUUUGUCUCCUCUCAUUCCAUAACCGUAUCAGCCCUAGAAUGUGCCACAAACCCAGUGCUUUUGUCUUGGAGAUCCCAUUGUUAUGUGUCAUUUACAGAUAUGUGUCAUUUGAGAAAUAAUGCAUAUUAACCGUGUAUAGCCCUUAUUUGUGUCAAUUCCAAACGCAAGGCAUUGCUGUUUCUCUCGUUCAGAAAGGGAUUGCCUGGUAUUUCGGGGCUGGACUGUACUGUGAAGUCAGGAUCAGACUGAUAUGCUUCAGGAAAGUUCUUCUCUGUGAAAGGCACAUGUUGAGCAAAAAGAGACUGCUUCUUGGGUGUUAACUAGCCAUAGAACAAGCUAUUAUGCUAUUGUUCGUUCCCAGGUUGAGCGCUUCUCUCUUUUUAUUUAUUGCUUAAAAGAGGAAAGUCAGGGUAUGUAUGAAAUAAAUAAAUAUAAAUAUAUAUAUAUAUAUAUCUUUUUAAGAUGAGAUUGUACGGGUUUUGGAGUUAAAAGCACAAUUAUACAGAGUAAAGUAGCACAUUAAUAGUUAAUGCUGCUGAUCAGAGAGUGACAUUGACAAACUACUUCAGCGUCAGACAGAGGUGCAAUGUUGCUUUUGUUUCAGACAAGGCCAGAGUAUUAAAUAGCACUAUAGUUGUAUAUUAAAUCCUUUGUAGAGUGCUGGCGUCAGGAAUACUGCAUUCCCACUGUAUUUUGCAGGCCCCAGCCAUUCUCUGUGCAUACUGGGGGGUGUCUCUAUGGCUGUCAGCGGUAAUGAUGCAUGCCACUGCUUAUAUCUGCAGCAUGACAGUGUGUAUAGCAGCAGCUGUUACAGGUAAAUCAUUCAGAUGCUGUGUAUAUCUGCAGCUGUUCCAGGUAAAUGAUGCAUGUCUGCGCAUAUGUCUGGCUGUUGUGGGUAAAUGAUAAAUAUGCAGAUGCGUAUAUUUUCAGCUAUCAUACGUAACUUAUGCAUGUCGGUGUGUAUAGCUGGGAGUUAUAGAUAAAUGUCAUGAUGCAUGCCGAUGUGUAUAGCUGAGGCUGUUAUAGGUAAAUGUCAUGAUGCAUGCCGAUGUGUAUAGCUGAGGCUGUUAUAGGUAAAUAUGAUGCAUGCCGGUGUGUAUAGCUGUGGCUUUUGAAGGUAAUAAUGCAUGCCGGUGUAUACACCUGUGGCUGUCGCAGCUAGAGAUGCAGGAUAGAUGUAUAUCUUUUGCAUGUAGGUAAAGAACAUAUCCAUGCAACUGUCACAGGUAGCAGUGCAUGCCAGUAGCCUAUCGCUGCAUUUGUUUCAGGUAGUGAUGCAUAUUUGAGGCCUUUCUCUGCAGCUGUCACAGAUAGUGUUGCAUGCUGUUUUUGUGGCUGUUGCAGGUAGAGCUGCACAACUGGGGCCUACCUCAGUGGCUGUUGCUGGUAGGGAUGCAUGUCGUAUGUAGUAAUGCAUGCCCAUGCCUGCAGCUUUCGCAUGUAGCAAUUCAUGCUGUAGGCUUAUUCAUGUGACUCAGGUAGUGAUGCAUGCCCAAGCCCUUGUCUACAGUUGUGUCAUGUAGCAGUUCAUGCUGGAGGCUUUUUCCUGUGACUAUCUCAGGUAGUGAUGCAUGCCCAGGCCCAUCUCUGCAGCUUUUGUUUGUAGCAAUUCAUGCUGGAAGCUUAUUUCGGUGACUAUCUCUGUGACUGUCUCGGGUAGUAGAUGUGUUUCAUGUAGCAGUUCAUGCUUAUGGUAGGUAGCGAUGCAUGCCCACGCCCAUCUCUGUUGCUGUCUCAUGUAGCAGUUCAUGCUGGGGGCUUAUUUCUGUGACUAUGGUAGGUAGCGAUGCAUGCCAGGGCUUAUCUCUGCAUCUGUCGUGUGUAGCAAUUCAUGCUGGGGGCUUAUUUUUGUGACUGUCUCAGGUAGUGAUGCAUGCCCACACCCAUCUCUGCAGCUGUCUCAUGUAGCAGUUCAUGCCGGGGGCCUAUUUCUUUGAUUAUUGUAGGUUGUGAUGCAUGCUGGGGCUUAUCUCUGCAGCUGUUGUGUGUCAUAAUUCAUGCCGGGGACCUAUUUCUGUGAUUAUUGUAGGUAGCGAUGCAUGCCGGGGCUUAUCUCUGCAGCUGUUGUGUGUCGCAAUUCAUGCUUGGGGCCUAUUUCUGUGACUGUCUCAAGUAGUGAUGCAUACCCACGCCCAUCUCUGCAUCUGUCUCGUAUCAGUUCAUGCUGGGGGCCUAUUUCUGUGAUUAUCGUAGGUGGCGAUGUAUGCCGGGCUUAUCUCUUCAGCUGUCGUGUGUAGCAAUUCAUGCUGGGGGCUUAUUUCUGUGACUGUCUCAGGUAGUGAUGCAUGCCCACGCAUAUCUCUUCAGCUGUCUCAUGUAGCAGUUCAUGCCGGGGGCCUAUUUCUGUGAUUAUCGUAGGUAGCGAUGCAUGCCAGGGCUUAUCGCUUCAGCUGUCGCGUGUAGCAAUGCAUGACGAUCUCUGGGCAGGUAGUGACACAUGCCAGGGUUUAUCUCUCUGCCUGAUGUAGGUGAGCACUCUAGUGCUGUUUUAGUAGGACGCAGAACCAGAGCAAAAAUUUAACAUCUCACACACCCAAGUACAUCUAAUAUUGGAAAAACAAUGGUCAUUUUCAAUGGGAAAAUAAAUUUCUAGCAGAUCUCAAAUCUACUAAUUGUUUAGUUUUAGAAGACGCUUUAAAAACAAAAUCUAUAACUCAGAUAUACUGCUUUUCCAGCCUUGAAUGAUAAAAUCUCAUUACUAAUUAUAGGUGGUAAAAUACCGAAUCAGAGGUGACUAGAAGAGCGCUUGCUAAACACACACGAAAAUUCUAUUAUGGCAUUUCAUUUUGAAACGGUAAAAUGUCUCCUCCUAGUGGUAAAUGUUCUAACUGCUGCCUAUUUGUUUUCUUGUACAUUAAAUUUGUCAGUAUGUGUUUAAAUGCCAGCAGUCCAUGUCUGAUUACUUUACAGUUUUAGUGUUGGCAAUAAAGAAUAAAGUGCAAUAAAACAA